AAAUUAAAAAAAAAAAAAAAGAGCGAGAGCGAGUACAAUCUCCCCUCCCAAAAUCGCUCCUUUACAGAAACCUGGGGGGGGCCGGAGGGGGGGGUCCCUUCCGAUCCUCCCUCCCGGCGCCCCCCCCAGCAGGCCCCCUCCCCCACCAGUGAAAGCCAUGAAUUUUGAAUUUGAGAGGGAGAUUGGGUUUAUAAACAGCCAGCCAUCGCUCGCCGAGUGUCUGACUUCCUUCCCCGCUGUCUUGGAGACAUUUCAAACUUCAUCAAUCAAGGAGUCGACAUUAAUUCCUCCUCCUCCUCCUUUCGAGCAAACCUUCCCCAGCCUCCGGCCCGGCGCCUCCACCCUUCAGAGACCCGGGAGCCGAAAGCGAGCCGACGAUGGGCCUGCGCUACCGCCGCCGCCGCCGCUCCCCGCCGCCCCCGAGUUCCCCUGGAUGAAAGAGAAGAAAUCCACCAAGAAACCCGGCCAAGCCGCCACGUCGCCUUCCCCGGCCUCCUCGGCCGUCCCGGCCGCGUCGCCCGCAGAUGGCCCAGGCUUGCCGGAGGCCGGCGGCGGCGGGGCGCGCAGGCUGCGCACCGCGUACACCAACACGCAGCUGCUGGAGCUGGAGAAGGAAUUCCACUUCAACAAGUACUUGUGCCGGCCUCGCCGCGUCGAGAUCGCCGCCUUGCUGGACCUCACCGAGAGGCAGGUCAAAGUCUGGUUCCAGAAUCGGCGCAUGAAGCACAAGCGGCAGACGCAGCACCGAGAGCCGCUCGACGGGGAGCCAGCCUGCCCCGGCGGCCCGGAGGACGCCGGCGACCCCGCCGAAGAGCCCGCGGCCAGCCCAAGCGGCCCCUCCGCUUCGCAGGCGGCGCAGGAAGCCUGCCGCCGCCCGCCCGAGGUCGCGCCAGGCGCCCCGGGGCCCCGGCUUUGGGCCGCGCGUUUGGAGGGUGCGGGGGAGACGAGCCCUGGCUGCGCGCAGCGCCGGGCCGACCAGCCCGAGUCCCUGCAAGAAGAUGCCUUCCCGGAGCUGCAGGAUUCGCCCUUCCUGCCCGACCUCAGCUUCUUGGCGGCUGACUCGUGUCUGCAGCUGUCGGGGGGCCUCUCGCCCAGCCUGCAGGGCUCGCUGGGCAGCCCCGCGCCGCUUUCCGAGGAGGACCUGGACUUCUUCACCAGCACGCUCUGCGCAAUCGACCUGCAGUUCCCCUGACCCUCGCCCUCGGCCUGCGCUGGGAAAAUCCUCCCCCAGACCCCAUAGACAUGUGUUUUGCUAAAAUUCAGGUAUUACUGAAUUAGCGUUUUAAUCCACUCCCUUUCUUCUUUCUCUAAAAUACUCCUAUUGGGCAUUCGGGCGUCCUUUAAAAAAAAAAAAAAAGAAAAGAAAA